GGGAGACGCUGCUUCUUCAUCACUGAGAGGAAGAGGAACUCAGAGAGAGAGGAUCGGAGAGAGGAGCGUCUUGGACAGAGAGGGUGAAAGACAGAAAGGAUCAACCUCCUCAUGACGACUUGAACUCAACUGAAGCAGAAAAACAGGUUUCCCACGAGACCUGCCUCCUGGACCAGGUGCUGGAGCUGAUUAUGAGCGAGAAGCCCCCCAACAGUGCCAGUCUUUUCCUGAACGAGGACACGGACAAACCCCCACUCCCCGAGAGAGGAGACUUGAGGAGACGCCUCCGCAGAGCCAUGGAGAAGAGAGGCAGCAGCGUGAAGGAGAAGAUGAGCUCCAUCAGCAGGGACAACGUAAAGGGUUUCCUCAAGAGGAACCUGUUCGUCCUGUUCACUGUGGCCGCCGUCGCUCUGGGUGUACUCUUGGGAUUCGCUCUUCGCCCCCACAACCUGUCCCUGAGGGAGAUCAAGUACUUCUCGUUCCCCGGGGAGCUGCUGAUGAGGAUGCUGAAGAUGCUGGUGCUUCCUCUCAUCGUCUCCAGUCUGGUCACAGGUAUUUCCUCUCUGGACAGCAAGGCCUCAGGUAAGAUGGGGAUGCGAGCGGUGGUCUACUACACGGUGACCACUCUGAUCGCGGUGUUCAUCGGCAUCGUCAUCGUGGUCAUCAUCCAGCCGGGGAGAGGCAGCCGGGACAGUCCUGUGUCCAAGAGCGGGAACAUCGAGCCGAUCCAGGCCACGGACGCCUUCCUGGAUCUCAUCAGGAACAUGUUCCCUCCAAAUCUGGUAGAGGCUUGUUUCCUUCAGUAUAAAACAGUGUAUAAGAAGACGGUGCACAUCAGGAACGUGACGGUGUCUCUGAACCUCACCGAGUCUCUGAACCUCACAGAGUCGGACCUGAACGUGAACCUCAGCCGGGUUCUGCACACAAUUCAGGAGACGGUGGUGGAGACGGUGCCGAUGUCCAGCUCCUCCAGUGGAGUGAACGCUCUGGGUCUGGUGGUGUUCUCCAUGUGCUUCGGGCUGGUGAUCGGCAGCAUGAAGCAGCAGGGCCAGGCUCUCAGGGACUUCUUCACCUGUCUGAACGAAGCCAUCAUGAGGCUGGUGUCCAUCAUCAUCUGGUACGCUCCGGUCGGCAUCAUGUUCCUGAUUUCGGGGAAGAUCGUGGAGAUGAAGGACCUGGCGGAGAUGGGGGGGCAGCUGGGGAUGUACACCGUGUCCGUCAUCGUGGGUCUGCUCAUCCACGGCCUCUUCGUUCUGCCGCUGCUCUACUUCCUGGUGACAAGGAAGAACCCCUACGUCUUCAUCGGAGGGAUUCUGCAGGCGCUCAUCACCGCUCUGGGAACAUCGUCCAGCUCUGCCACCCUGCCGAUCACUUUCCGUUGUCUGGAGGAAAACAACCGUGUGGACAAACGAGUGACUCGCUUCGUCCUUCCCGUCGGCGCCACCAUCAACAUGGACGGCACCGCGCUGUACGAGGCGGUGGCGGCCAUCUUUAUCGCCCAGGUCAACGACAUGGACCUCAACUUUGGGCAGAUUCUCACCAUCAGCAUCACGGCAACGGCUGCCAGCAUCGGAGCAGCAGGCAUCCCUCAGGCUGGACUGGUUACCAUGGUGAUCGUAUUGACCUCGGUGGGACUGCCCACGGAGGACAUAACUCUGAUCAUCGCCGUGGAUUGGUUCCUGGACCGCCUGCGCACCACCACCAACGUGCUGGGUGACUCUCUGGGUGCGGGGAUCGUGGAGCAUCUUUCCCGUAAAGAGCUGCAGAGUCAGGACGCCGAAGUGUGCAACUCUGUGAUCGAGGAGAACGAGAAGCCCUACCAGCUCAUCUGUCAGGAGAACGACUCACUCAACCACCGCAACAGUGAGACCACGAUGUGAAGACAAGAGCUACAAGGGAUUCAUGCACCAAGUUUAGAUCGAAGGUUGACGUGCAAUGGUGCAGAGAUAGUCUUAAAGAAAUAAUAGUUCAUGGUCUAAUCUGCCAAUGGCUUCGGGUUUGAAGUUAUCAGUUCAGAUUAAAUCCUUUCUUCAAGUCUAAAAACAAAGUUAUCCGGGAAAGGAAAUACAAAUGACAGCCGGUUGGUUUGCUUGUUAGGAACGGUUACACAUAAUGCCUAUAAUAACAUAUCCCUUUGCCUGCAGUGCCAGUUAUUUUGAGGUAUUUUGCUAUUUGAUGACUGUUUUACAUCAAUUUCAGCAACACAGUUUUCACAUAGUCCUUAAACUUCAUCAUGUUUUCAAAAAUGUGCAUUAUUUACGAUACAUACAGUCAAAGCAGCAUAAGCUCCUUACCAGUAUCAGUGUUUGAAUAGGACUGUAGAGAAACACCACCAUUCGUAAAUUAAGAGCGGAUUUGAAUAUGCUUUUUGCAUUGCAUGACUUAACACAAACUCAUUCUCACUACGACUACCUCUAGAUAUGGAGCUUCAGUGCUGCACGCAGAAAUACUCAAUGGAGAAAAACCAGCAGGAUGUAAAUACUUCAGUCUUGUUUUUUUCAUAUAUUUUAUGUUAUUUAAGUUUGCUUGCACAAGUUAACUGUACAAUUUUGAAUGUACUUGACUGUUAAAACAAUGUUAAAGGUUGAUGUGAAGGAGAGUUGAUGCAUUUAUAGUGACUUGUGUUUUUCACUCAGUGCUUUCUAUUAUACUAGUGUGUAUUUCCUCGGUGCUAUUGCUUUUUAUCGGUAAAUGACUGUUCUGCUUUACAGUCAUUUUACAGGAAUACCUUCCAAAGUUAAUUUAGUAGAAAUUAUCCAACAAUGAAUGUGCAAAACUUUCUUUUUUCUUAGGUAAAAUGUCUUGUUUUUCUACUUAAAGUUUGAUUUAUCCUUAACUAGAUGUAUCUUUCACGGAUUUAUAAAGUAAUAACACCUGUAGUUUCAAUGUCAUUGAACCUUAGAGGACUUUUAGACACCUGUCCACCUGCCUGUGUGUGUUUUUUGCUUUUUAAUACAUAUUAUUAACAUUUAAUUUUGUUAUAUUUGGACUGGAAUGAUACAUAGCAUAUAUUGCAAGCUUAUGAUUGUUUGAGUUUGAUUGUUGUGUGAAAAGGUACUGUGAAGACAGUUUGUGAACGCCCUGAGAAAGUUCUUUAUGCCUUUUGGUGUUGAUAGUUUUAGAGCGAAUUGUAGUGUAUUAUUUUGAAAGUUUAGAUAGCAUUUAAAGCUCCUCUUAAUGUGUGUCACAUGUAAGCUCUCUAGAGAUUUGUCUUUAGUUUUGAAGUUUGGUGUUAUUUCAGUAACAAGCUCUACAUUUUGAUGGUCAGCUUAUGAAAACGAUUUGACAAAUAAAUGG